AUGAUUUUCGUAACGACAAUUAUUUGUGUUAUAAUUAUUAUAUGUAUUUUAGAUAUUAUCACACCGUACAAAUAUCCAAUAGGACCGACAAGAAUUCCAUUGAUUGGUAACUAUGUACAAAUUCAAAAACUCAGAAAUGAAUUAGGAUUCUAUCACUUGGUUUGGCACCAGUUGGCCAAAUGUUAUGGUCAAGUAUUUUCUGUUAAACUUGGUCGAAUAGAAGCAGUAGUAGUCUCUGGAUAUGAUGCAGUACGGCAAGUAUUGUGCAAAGACGACUUUGAUGGCCGACCAGAUGGAUUUUUUUUCAGAUUCCGAGCUUUUUAUAAGAGAUUAGGCAUAGUAUUUGUGGAUGGACCAACGUGGAAGGAUCAGAAAAAAUUUUGCAUGCAACAUUUACGAAAAAUGGGAUUUGGUGGUGAUUUAAUGGAAAAAAUUAUAAUUGAAGAAGUAAACGAUCUCAUGGUAGAUAUAACGAUAAAAUGUGAGAAUGCUAAACCAAUUGAAGUUCACGGUUUAUUUGACGUAUCAAUUUUGAACGGUCUUUGGGCAAUGUUAGCUGGUCAGAGAUUUGCGUUGAAUGACUCUAGACUCACAAGACUUAUGGAAUUAGUACAUGUCAGUUUCAGAAUGUUAGAUAUGUCGGGAGGAAUAUUGAACCAGAUGCCAUUCAUUCGGUUUUUAGCACCAAACUCUUCUGGAUUCGAACACAUCAAACAAAUUUUAAAUGAAUUCUAUACAUUUUUAAAAGAAUCAGUAGAAGAACACAAAUGUGGGGCAAAUUAUCAGGAAGAUUUUAUUAGUGCAUUUUUAAUGGAAAUUGAGAAAAAUAAGGAUUGUCCUGGGUCAUUUUCAGAAGAACAGCUUCUUGUUAUAUUGUUGGAUUUAUUUUUAGCUGGAUCGGAAACCACAAGUAGUAUGUUAUCAUUCGCUGUAUUACUUUUACUUAAGCAUCAAGAUAUACAAGAUAAAGUACACGCAGAGCUGGAUGCAGUAGUUGGAGAUCGAGAAAUUCAGCUUGCAGAUAAAAAAAAGUUAAAUUAUCUUGAAGCUGUAUUAAUGGAGGUUCAGAGACAUAGUAAUGUGGCGCCGCUAGCAAUCGCUCAUAGAACUAUUCGAAAAACAAGCCUACAAGAAUAUAUAAUACCAAAAGAUACAUUAGUAUUGGCAAGUAUCUGGAGUGUUCAUAUGGAUAAACAUCACUGGGGUGAUCCCGAGGUAUUUCGACCGGAAAGAUUUUUGGACAGUACAGGAAUCCUAAUAAAUGAUAGUUGGCUCAUGCCGUUUGGUGUUGGUAGACGAAGGUGCCUUGGCGAGAUAUUGGCUAAGACAAAUGUGUUUAUGUUCAUUGCCAAAUUAAUUCAAAAUUUUGAGAUGCGAAUUCCAAACGGAGUUCAAUUGCCUGAUAGACCUCAAGAUGGUGUCACUAUUUCUCCAUCUCCAUUUUCUGCUAUUUUUAUACCUAGACGUUGAUAAAGUUAAUAAAA